AUGGACGGCGCCCAUAGUUCCCAANNAAGACCUGCCGACUUCUAUUCCCACAACUCUAGGACUCCCGAACCAGAAACCCCAACUGUAGGUCCUUUGCGCAUUCACAAAGUAAACCAUUCGACUUCUACAGCCUCAACCACCUCGACUCCCUCGAGGACAUCAUCAGAAGAAGCCGAGGUCGACGGCACAUCGCAGGCCAGACGCACCAGUCCUCCAUACCCUGAUGAUCACUUUCGUUCUUUGCAUGCUGCUGCCGGCGCACAACGUCUAGGAACCCCCGAAGUAAACUCAUCAGGCAUGCGCCGUCAAUCUUCGACUCGUGCCAAAUUUGCAGCUGCUACGCUUCAACCUCCUAACGCCGGGGUAAAUCGACUGAGUUCGACUGCCUCCACGUCUACGACUCGCGCACAGAGAGGUUCCCCUCCACCACCAGAGACACCUGUACUUGGAAAGCCAGCAGGAGGCUUUGAGACCGGAUAUCCCUACGCUCAGAACGCUGCGGCCUCUCGUGCCAAUCAAUAUGCCAAUCCUAUUGCUCGCCCUUCGACCAUGUCGCCAUCGCAACAACCAAUAGAAGUCCCUCGGCCUUGGACACCAACUGAACAACCCGGCAGCUAUCCACAUGGGCCUCCAGUUGCCUUUCAGGGCGAUACUGAGGUCCCUUCUGCGACGAACUACCAGAGCCCUACCAUUGCCGCUUAUCAAAGUCCCCCUCAGCCUACUCAGAACCGCGGAUACCAGAUCUCCCCUGCUCAGCCUGCCCAGCAAUUCGUGACACCACCUGUUCCACAAUUUGGGGUUCCUAUCACUCAAUCCUCUUCUCCUGCCCAGAUCGCUCAACCUACUCAGUAUCUACAAUCGCCCCAAAACAACCAGCCUGGCUCACGCCUGUCCUUCUCUCCUCAGACGCAUCCUCUGGAGCAGGAUAUGCAGCGGUUGCAGAUGGCAGAUGAGCCGCCACCAGCAUAUUCGAGCGUGUCUCAGCAGAGAUUGUUCUCUGGAGCGACUCCUCAGGGUUAUCCGAAUGAGAAGCGUUUGAGUAAUGCUUCCGUGCCUAGCUCCACUUCUUCGCAAGACCCGAAUCUUCGUAGACACCCUGCCUUUGCCAACGAUGCAGGCCAACCUAUCGUACAACAAGCCGUGCAGCAGCCUGUCACCUCCACUCAACCUGGCACUCUAGCACCCAUUCAGGUCAUGUCUCCAAGUCCGGGACCAAGCAUAACACCGGCAUCUCCUCCACCUCUACCUGAAGGAUGGAUAGCUCAUUUAGACCAGAACUCGGGUCAAUAUUACUACAUUCAUUUACCAACCCAAUCGACACAGUGGGAGUUUCCUAAAGGUCCAACUCCCUUGAGUCUCCAGGAACCACUUUCGCCGACUGGUACAUUCGCAAACUCGAUGGCUUCUCCAGCUCUGGGAGGAUUUUCGCAGCCUCUGGCAUCUCCAGGUUCCGCUCCACAAAACGCUUCUUACCACCGCGAUAGCAUGCUGAGCAUGAACAAUCUCGCAAGUCCUACAGUGGCGGGCUUUACUGGACCGCCACCAUCCGCGGGUGUAGACAUGUACAAGGUCGCACCUACGAAUGGCGUCUACUUCGGCCCGUACUUGCGUUAUACGAAUAUAGAUCUGGAGCGAGGUCUCUGGCUCGGCUCCAUCCUCUUGAUCACAGAUGUGCCUCAACCCCCAACCAUCCAUAUCCACCAGAGCACAGACUUGUCUCCUAAUCGCGAACCCAAUCUAUCAACACCAACAUACGAGUUCCUUGUCGCUGGACGCUAUGAGACGAGCUGGCGCUUCAUUUCUCAUUCCGGUAAUGACUUUGCACUAAACGUCAGUGCUAACGAAAGGGCUAAGCUUGGGGGCAUUGGCCUUAUGUGGAAAGACGUUUUGCAAAAGCAUGUCGAGUGUGGUGGUUUCCAUGCUCAGCUCGGCCUUGGUGGUCAGAUCUUUGGCGAUCGUCUUUGGAANGAGGUUCCUGCUCUCAGGCAAUGGACUGCCAUGAGCGGUAAAGAGAACCUNUUCGAUGGCUAUGGCUCUUACCCUGAUUACAUGCAACACUCCAACAUGUUCAAAAACAUCGGUCGCAUCGGUAUCGACAUGUAUCUUCUCUUUCAACAUCAUACGACGCACGAGAUCCUUCGCAACGUUUCAGGCGAUCUGGAUCUCUUCAGUAUCACAGGUAAUGGCUGGCACUUUGUCAAGUAUCUCGGUCCAGCAGUAGUUGUCGUGGGUCCAGACACUCGCUCCGAAAGAGAAUCAGGUAAAGUCAUGGCUGGCCCUACCUACCAAGGACUGUUCCCAAAGGUUGCUCUUUUGCCGCCUAGUGUGCAGCACUGUAUUUGGAUGAUUCCAGUGCCUCUACUUUAUCCGAGACUUGAGACCGCGGAGCACAUAGCGCAUACUAUGGCAACGGGCAANAAAGCCGUCACCGGCACGUUUAACAUGCUAGGUCGGAUGACGAGCUCCGUUGCUGGCGUGGUCGGCGCUAAGGGCGUCGUUGGUGACGGCUUCAGCUCAAUCAAAAAGGCUGUUGGCAAGUCGGGUCUGAUGAGUAGUGUGCUCAGUCCCUUCGGAGAUAUCGAUAUGCUUGAUGAGCUGCGAGAUAUGUGGACGCAUGAAUCAAAGAAUGGACAGCGCAGUGCAGGACCACACCAACCCGUACAAUCGACCGAUACAAAAGAAGAUAUGAUGGAGAUCUUUGUGGCAGAUGUCAAUGGCGCUCCUCGUGAAAUGAAACGUCUCAUGGGACGCAGAAACUAUGUUGCUAUGGUCGCUUAUGAUCCUGAGGUCAACGAGGGUGCUUAUGCGGCACCUGUUAAGUACGGUCCUGUCAUCAUCCCCAGCUUGGAGUUUGGUCGGUGA